GACAAGAAUCUGACAAUGGAAACGUGGUCAGUUGAUCAGGUCUGCAAGUGGUUGAUGGAGAAAAACUUAGGUGAGCUAGUCCCCAGGUUUCAAGAGGAAGAAGUCAGUGGUGCGGCCCUCCUGGCACUUAAUGACCGGAUGGUACAACAACUUGUAAAGAAAAUCGGACAUCAGGCUGUUCUGAUGGACUUCAUUAAAAAAUACAGGCAGAGCAAUCAAGGGCUGAAACCCGCCGGAGGCUCCAGAGAGAUGUCCCUGCUGACCCUGGCACAGGCAGCCCCCGAGCAUGAACAAAACUACAGCCCAACCAGCUCUGGGGACCAUCCAGCUGAAAACCUUGAUAAUAGACUCAUUGACCAAAGAGUAUUGAAGCAGAGAAGAAAUGUAAAACACAUUCUAGCAAGGCAUAAAGCAUUACAAUGGACCAAGUCCUACGUCUUACCGGAGUUUCCCUAUGACGUCAAGUGCAUGCUGGCAGAGCAGAGGUGCCCUGAUCACAGCAUGAGGAUAAGGAUCAUCGAGUUUCUCCAGGCAGAUAUGACCAAGUACCUGGAAGGCUCUCUGUACCCCAGCACCCAGCAGUACAAUGAUGUGAUCAGCGCUCUGCUGCAGGCCCACCCUUUCCUGGAUGAGGAUGGCUGUGGCUUUUUUUUAUGGAAACGAGCCCUCAAAGAUCGCUUUAAAUAUGUUCGAAGACCCAUAGAAGACGAUGAACAAGUAAUGAGAAAUAAGUGUAAAUUUGGACACCGAAGAGGCCAGACAAGGAAGUCUCUUGCUGACAUAAGAUCAAACGAAAUUAAAAUUGUGCAGAUAAAAGAAGAAUCUGUUUGCUUAGAUGCAGAGGUGGAUGAGCAUAUUAACUGGUUCCAGAGAGAGUACAUUAAAACAGACAAGGACUGGAGAGAAAUUGACAAGAGGAUGAGCCAGACUUUGGAAAUAAGAAGAAAGAUGGUAGGCGGCCGAACACCUCUUAAGGACAUUCUUAAGAUGUUUCCAUUCCUGAAGUGCCCUUACCAGCUGUUCAGAGAAGUCCAGAUUCUUACAAAAACAGAUAUUUGUAAGAGAACAAGGCAUAUUCUGGAAUCCUACUCAGAAACUAUACUGCCUGCCUUUUCAGCGGUGGACAACCCAAUCAGUACUGCACUUCAAGAUAAGAUGAAACACUACACAGAUGAAGGCGUGCUUAAGUAUAUGAAGAUGACUGCCACGUGCUUACUCCUCCCGGAUGUUUUCGGGGAUGAUCCCAGCCUUUUUGUCAUUGUGAAUGAGAAGGUGCGCGUGUCCACACCUGUGUUGGAAGUUAAAAACCCUUUCCACAUCAACGGCUGUGAGUUUUCUCUGUAUCUGGACAAAGAGAAGGUCAUGAAGAUGGAUGACUGUGUCACGGCUCUGGCUGCUUUGGUGGCCGCUUUCCUUGUAUUUGGGGCUGAGUGUCCGAGAAGGCUGGCCCAAACCUUGAACUUCCUAGAGACAUUGAUCUUUGAUGUGCAGAGUCCCUGGUUUCCCUCUUUGAAAGAAAAAAAAUCAGAUCUCAACCUCCGAUCACUUAAGAGCAUGUGAAUUAACCCUCCAGGGCAGCAGAAGCUUCAUAAACAAUUGCAGAUUGAUUUAGGUUUGGUUGCCUUAGAGGUAGGGAUUAGAAAAAUCAUGCUCUCUUAAGUGUUUUUGAUGUCUGUUUCUUUACCUUAUGUUCAGGAAUAAAACACUACU